GAACACCUUUCUGCGCCGCUUUGAGCCUGGCUAACAGCAUGGCCAGCUUUCCAACUUUCGACCCUUCUCGUCUGACGAAGAAGGCGGCUGCUCACUACUCUUCAGAAUCAGAGGACGAGGAAGAAGACGAUUACCUAGCCCCCGUCACAGACCCGUCGCAAGCCGAUGAUUACAGCGACUUGAACCCACGAAAGCGCCGUCGCGUCGGCAACACCAAGGAAAGCGCCGCGCUCGGAAUCUUUGCCUCAGAUAGUGAAGAUGACGGUCCUGGGAAGCGAUGGAAGAAAAAGACACUUCGCAGCAAGGGCAUGAACUUUGUUUCUACCGGCACUACUACUCUCGACGAAGAUAACGAUGACGACGCGAAAGACACCAAUACGAAGGAGUACUCGGACGACUCCAAUGCCGAUGACGAUGAAGACGACGAGGAUGAUGUCGGAGGGGUUGGUCUUGGAUUUGGUGGAGCCCGCGGUGGCCUAGGAUUUCAGCCCGCACAGAACGAUAACGAGAGUGACGAGGACGCGAAGGCAACUGGCGCCCCAGCACGAUCUUUCGCAAAGACAAAAUUCGACGGCAAGAAUAUCCUCGGCCGCGGCUUCGUCCCAUCGUCUGCGAACGUGCCGGUCCUGAACCCCGACCUCCAGGACACCCCUUCGAUGCCAAAGAUGGCCCGCCCAAGCGCAUUUGGCGCAAAGGGAGCGAAAGGAAAGCCGAACCCGAAAUCGUUCGGUGCGCGGAUGAUGGCCAAGAUGGGUUACCAAGAAGGAACGGGUCUCGGAAAAGAAGGACAAGGUCGAAGCGUCAUUAUCGAAGCUCACCUCAGACCACAGGGUGUUGGUCUAGGUGCAGUCAAAGAAAAAUCAGAGCACGAGAGGAAGGAGGAGAAACGACAAGCAAAAUUACGAGGCGAGGAAGUGAUAGAUUCCGAGGAAGAGGAGAGGAAGAGAAAGCGAGAAAGGAAGAAGAAGGUUGCAAGCGCAGGCGGCAGCAGCAGCGUCAGCACCCCCAAACGACAGAAACCCAAGUACAUGACGGCGGAAGAGAUCAAGAAGUCUGCCCCGGGACUCCACAUCCCAGAGGCAUUUGCGCCUAUUCUAGAUAUGACGGGACCCGGGAACAAGCUUCUGACGACUGCUUCUGGACUCUUGACGCCGACUUCUGCCGCAGUUGUUGAAUCUCCCGAGCUGGUGGCUGCGCGGAAGCUGGUUAAGCGAGCCCAUGCCGACCUAGCAGCCUUCUCGGAGGAGUGGAGAAACCUGGAAGAGCGGAAGACUUGGGUAGAUCUGGAACUGCGCGAAAGAGAACAGGAAAUGGCGGAGCUCGCCUCAGACUUGGGAAGACUGCAACUGUUUUCCAACAUUGUCACAAACGAACUUCCGUUGGCUACGGAAUGGGAGGACGUCAUUCGCUGUCUGGAGAAGGCUGUUCAGAAUAUCGGACCAGCGACGGACGAAAUCUCGGACCUCGCGGUGGCUGCCAUCUACCCCUUCUUCCGCGACCCCGACUGGAACCUACUGGAGGAGCCUACGCGGUUUGCUACUGAGCUCAAGGGUCUUGGAAAUUUACUGAUGAAGCCUGGCGAGGGCAACAAAGCCUUGGACAAGUGGGAAUCCACUAGCCUGAACAGCAACGACCUAUACCGCCAACAUCAAAAAGCGACAACACCAUACGAAACCAUGAUGUACAAAUUGUGGUACACAAGAGCCAUGUCUGCCAUCCGGGAUUGGGAUGUUUUCAACCCCGCACCGCUACUGGCUGUGUUGGAGGCGUGGGCAGAACUGCUGCCUCCCUUUGUUCGCGCCCAGUUCCUCGAUGCCGUCGUCCGCAAGUUGGAAACAGCCGUAGCGGAAUGGAACCCCAAGAAGAAGCGACAAAGCCAUAAAUUACCUCAUCUGUGGCUUUUCCCCUGGCUUCAGUACCUGCCCUCGUAUCACCUGGAGCCCAAGGGUACCGGACUGGUGGCCGAAGUACGGAGGAAGUACAGACAGCUCAUUGACGUUUGGGAGUUCGACCGCGGCGUGAUCCCUGGCCUGGAACAGUGGCGUGAUGUGCUCGGUGACCAAUGGCGCUCCUUGAUCAUGGGCCAUGUGUUGCCUGCUAUGGGACGAUACCUGCGCAAGAACUUCAGAGUAGACCCGAGCGACCAAGAGCCAUACCUGCCUAUGCUCACGGGCGUUCUCGAGUGGUCUGAUAUCUUGACGCCGAAGGUGCUAGGCGAGGUCAUUGUUACAGAGAUGUUCCCCCUGUGGCAUGAGAAGUUGAGUGAGUGGCUUGGUCUGGAAGAUGUCAAUUUCGAGGAGAUCAUGGCAUGGUAUGAGUGGUGGAGGGACGACGUCUUGCCCGACUCUGUGAAGAACUUGAAGUCCGUUCAAGCAGAGUUCAACAAGGGCAUGGGCACCAUUGAGAAGGCAUUGGAGAGAAAGGCCAUCAACGAAAUUGUCUACUCGGACAUCCCAUCGGCGGACCACAUCGCCCAAGUGAAGAACGUCGACACUCUCGUUGCCGAUGACAGAGACCUCUUAGCCGUUGCCUUGGGCGCACCAGCUCGACAAGUCAUUCUUCGAGCCGAAGGGGUAGGAUCUCAAAGUGGAUGGAAGGACGGAUACCUCAGCGCCGAGUAUGGCUUCAACGCACCCGACUCAAACGAAGCUGCCGGAGCCCUCGCCAACUGCCCUGGACGCGUCUGGUCCGAUCUAUGCGAGAGGAUGCCCGGUUGUGUCUCACGAGGGCGCGUUAGAGAGUCGGUCGCUGCUCUUCCCCUCGUCGAAGGAACCGAGGAAUAUGUCCCGGAUCAAGCCCUAUGGGCUGCUAUCGUGGCUCUGGGCAUGUUGUGUUCUAUUUACCGAUACGAAGACAAGAAUGAUGGAUACGACGGUGUCAGCAUCAACUCGAUCUCUACCAAGCCUCGCGUCGAAAUGAGCGACGACCUCGGACCGGAACUUGUAGGAAUCCCGAGAACCAUCGGACUACCAUAUUGGCAGGUCUCACGACGCAUGGGACGGGCUAUUCCCCAUCUGACCUUCUUCGACCAAGCGUCCUACAACAUCAAAGUGCGCGAUCCGACUUCCGUCUACCCGUAUGUUGGCCGCUUCGACAAUACCGAUCUCCGGUGGCCCAUGUUUGGAGAGCGUACCGAGAUUGCGUUUUUGAAGGGCUGUGCCGACACUUCGGCAUCCUUCCAACACGGCCCAGAUGCCAUAGCCGCUUGCCAAGAGCACGUCAUGAACCGAAACAACGAGGGCCUGUUGAGGGAGAUGAUCAGACUCAAGGAAAUCCUCGAGAGGAUGCCGAACGCCUUCCACUCCAUCUCAACCAACCCCAACUCGGGCGACAACUACGUCUCGGCGGCCGAGUGGGUGCGAUGGGGCAAGUUCUCCGCGCCACUGUCCAAGAGGUGCCCUGCCGCUUCCGGUCUUCAGUUUCCGCCGUACCUUCUCAUGGACGCCUUCCUUGGCCGCAAGAAGUACGAUUCGUUCCUCGGCAACGAGGGUUUGCACCUGCGCGCGUGGCUACCGUCUAACUUGCGAGCUUUCAUCGCCUCUGUCGAGUACCACUAUCGGAUUCCGGAGUACGUCAGAGAGUCUGGAGAUCCACGACUCAUGGGCGUCCUGGAUGGAAUCAUCGAGGCGUACACGGGUGAGCGAGGUUUUAUGGGCACACAUAGGUAUAAGGUGUUUGGUAUCCUCGAAGUCGCCUCCAAGACUGGCCGGACGGAAACAAACGGUGCCUCUGGCGCCUCUGAUGAUUCGGGAAGACCGUGGGAGGAGGUGCACCGCCAAUUCUCGGAUGCCAUGAAGGAACGCCUGGAGCCUUACCGUGGGAACAUUCCCGUCGAACCCCAUGAGAUGCGCGGAACCUUUGAGGAGUGUCGGUACAAGUCGCGGAUACUCUCUCGAUCUUUUGUCGACUCGGACCAUGAUCGGUCAAUCUCCAUGGUCACACUUGAUCUCCAUAACACCGGCAUCACGUUCCAGCCGGGCGACAGACUCGCAAUCAUGCCCCUUAACAGCUGGGAGGAAUGUGCCAAGGUAGCUGCGGCGCUCGGUUUGGACACGAUGCUUGAGAACCCUGUUCUUCUCGACCGCAAGUGGUCUCGAUUUGCUGAGCACUUGGAGACGGUCUCUAAUCACGGCGUUGCGAGCACCUCCACAAAGACAAGGAAACUCAUGGUCAAGGAUAUCCUCCGCCGAGGUCACCUGGCCCCGCUGACCCAGGAUCUCGUCCUCAAGAUCCACGCCAUGCUGAGAGCCUCGUCGAACACCGUGCUCCAGGUAUUGGCGACUGAGGAGUGGCCGGUCCGUGGCUCACUGGGUGACCUUCUACAAGCCGCUGUCAUGGACACACCGACGCACAUUUGGGACCAGGCAUUCGACCUGUCCAAUGACGUGGCGUGGCUUAGCGACCUCAUUUCGGUCGAGAUCCCGCGCACCUACUCCAUAUCCAAUUACCCCGAGGAGCUACUCCCAAGCACUGUCGACCUCACAAUCUCACGGGCAGAGUAUAAGCUCUGCGCCACGUUUGCCGGAAAGUCUGAUAUCUCACGAUCGGGCGUGAGCAGUGGCUACCUCAACCCACCCGUAGGCUCACCAGAUGACUUCAUCGCCGACGAAGACGAACUGCUCGUCGGUAUCUCCAGACCCAUCGCCUUCCAGCUGCCUCUUGAUGGCGCCGCCCCCUGCGCAUUCUUCGCCGGUGGCAGUGGCAUUGCCCCUUUUAGGAGCUUCUGGCAGGCUCGUGCUGGCCGCUCAGUUGGAAAGAAUAUGCUUUUCCUGGGUGUCCAGAACCGGGAAAAGUUUUGCUACGAGGAUGAGCUCCGUCAAUACGUCAAUGCGGGGCUCAUGGAAGUCCAUCUCGCGUUUUCCCGUGAUAGCCGCGGUCUUGCGUAUGACCCCAUCAUGAGAGACCUCAUCGAGCGCCGUACUGAGCCACGAUACAUCGACUCGCUCAUCGCAGAGCAGGGAGCUAGCGUGUGUGACUUGGUCAUGUCCAAGAAGCAGGGCGGCCUCGGAGGGUAUCUGUACAUCUGCGGCUCCGUUGAUGUCUUUGACUCCGUUAUGAGCGGGCUGCGCAAGGCCAUUUAUAACCACCGGACGGCGACCAUGGAGUCUACGGAUCUAAUCAUCAACACCGCCUUUGCCGAGCGGCGGAUCAUGUUGGACGUCUUUAUGACUCCGAAGCCGCUCCCCUGUAAUCGACCAACGAUUCCACUCUCACAGCUGUCCGUCCAUACAGGACAUAGACCUGGAGGAAGAAUGUGGAUUGCCGUUCACGGCAGUGUGUAUGACGUUACGGAUUUCUCCCCUAUGCACCCGGGAGGCACUCUGAUUAUGAGGUCGAAUGCAGGCGUGGACUGCACGAAAUCCUUCGACAAUUUGGCGCACACGAACAACCCGGAGGUGGCCAGCCUACUCACAAAGUACUUCAUCGGCCAUCUGACCCCCAAGCCCGAGUACCACGACUGCGAGGAGAUCAGUGGUCUGUACGAUAUGUGGUCGGCCUACCUACGAACGACCGUCGAGACACUCGUCUCUCAGCAAUUCGAAAUGGACGACAUCCUCGGCUCGUCGAAGCUCUGGUUCCAGGGCAGCCUCAUCAACAUGCUGGGUGUGCGCAUCUUCUACCAAUACCAGACUGUACAGAGAUUCUCUUGCACGCCGUAG